AAUACGAAAUACCCUAAAGCGUAUAGAAGCUGCAGAUGAUCACUAGGACGUAAACAAUGACUGAGAAUGUACGGAAAAAUCAAGAUGCUUCGUUUUCUUCGGCAAUGGUGGAAGUUGAAAACAUCACAGAUAUAGAAGAAAUGAAAAUCACACUACAAAAGCUAUGUGACGAAGAGGUAAAAUUAAUGAAUAAGCUAUAGCGGCUAUACGCUGAGUUAUACGUCCAAGAGUCCCUUCUUAUUACUUAUUAGAUUUUGAUUUAUUAUUCUAUUUUAGUCUAGCUAAUUAGCUAAAUGAUAUUCGUUGGCAUGCUUUUUGUCACGGUAGUUUAUUUUUUAUUUUUAAGUUUACAAACACAUAGUCAUAGUCCAUUCAAUUACCCUUCAUUUAAUACCAAAUUUUGUCUUACAAACCCUACAAUAAUAUUUUACGAAGUGUCCGGCGCGCUGGACAAAUAGUGUGGGAAAUAUACGUCAGGUGAGUAUGUCAUAUUACCGCCGGACGACUAGUAGGCGUUAUUAUUCCGAAGGAAGUAUCUACUAAGAAGCUGUGGUGCGGUCAUGUGGUAGAGUGGCCGCUUGACGAUAUUAUAUUUGUGGAUCGAUUCCCCGCAUGGAAAUCCUUUUUAUCCUCAUUUUAAUUAAAAAUAUUUUAUAUUAUUAUAUUUAUAUUAUCAUGUUCAUCAGCAACAGUAGUUUUAUGAGAAGUUUUAAAAUAUUUUGUAGCAAUUUAAACAAUUUAAAAUGUUUACUUUACAAUUUAAAAUCUUUUACUUUUAUUGGUUGCCUACUCCAUACUGAAUACUGGCCCCUAAUUAUAUUAUGGGUUACUGGUACACAAACUCAAAUAACAAACUAAACAAAAAUGUUUACAAGCCACUUUCACUUCAGUUUUUUUCUAUUAUUUGCAUGCAAGAUGUACAUUACUUGGUAGAGAAAUAGAUUUUAAAAUUAACAAUAGUUUUGAAUCAUUCGCGGGCACGUGACAAGGCUGAUGGACAAAAUAUCUCUCGCCACUUUAUUACGGCGGUCAUGUUACUUGGUCGCUGGACGAAUAUCUCGAUAAAGUAUUCUUCCGGCGGUCAUGUGACUUGGUCGCCGGACAAAUAGUGCGGGAGAUAUACAUCUGGCGCCGGACGUAUAGACACUGCCAAUAUUUUAAAUAUUUUUAAAUAAACCCAACCUCUCACUUCUGAUACCCGGGGCCUGGUCCAAAUAUCCACAGCCAUAGGCUAACUAUAUAAAUGAUAGCUGCUAGAUCAUAAUUUAAGAUACCUGCCUAUGCCUAUUAUAUUAGUAUUUAUGCCUUUUACCCGGUCUGGGGCAAAGGCCAUCCACAAGAAUUUUCCACUCAUGACGGUCCUGUGCUUUCCUUUCCAAUUGCUUCUAGGUGUAUCCCAUAUUUUGAGUGUCUGCCACUAGCUCGUGUCUCCAUGUAUACUUAGGCCUUCCUCUCUUUCAUUUUCCCUGUGGAUUCCAUGUUAGGCAUUGUCUGGUGUUGCUAUCUGGGAGUGGGGGUUUCUGGGCGUUUUCGGAGACUAUACCCUAUCCAUUUACCCUCUAGUCUGUGCUUACAUUUAUAUCAUUUAUAUAAAUAUAAGUAUAAGCCCUACAAGUAGUGUCGGGACAGUCGUGUAAGUAUAUUACAGCGGAGAUUUAAUAACGUGAUCCACAGUAUAAAGCGAAUCCCUAACUUUUUUGUUUCAAAAAGCCCUAAAAUGCCAUGGCCAUGUCCAUAUAAUAAUGACAAACGCUUGACUUUCCGCACCGGGAUGUGGGACCCUAUUGUUUAUUCUUGUAGUGUUACUAGAGUUAACUUUUCUAUUUUUAAUAUUAAUAGCCAGUCUCAGAUUGAAUAUUUUUUAACUAAUAUUUCAUUGGCAAUUUGGGUGGUUAAUUUUAAUAUUUAAAACAAGUUUUAAAAUGAGGCUAAAUUUUUACAGCAUACAUGUGUAAAUUGAAGGAAGGGAGCAGCCGCAGGUUGUUGAAAUUUCUUGCUACAUAUCUAGAGGGAUACAAUAAAAAUAAAGUUGCUACAUUGGCUACAUAUGGUGGAAAAAAGAGUGUAAAAGUGUAUUCUAUGAAACUUUAAGUUGGGUUUUCAUUAUUCUAAAGUGUUUAAAGUUGAGGGAAGGGAGUGACCGCAGGUUAUUUACACCUUUUUGCUGCAUAUCUAGAGGGAUACAAUAAAGUUGCUAUGUUCACUGUGAAAUUAAUGUAACGGCUGAAAAUUACAUCAGGAAAAGGGGUGACCAUAAAAUUUUAACGCUUUGCUCCUAUUUUCCGUUCUCUCUGUGAGUAGUUAGAACAACUAAUUCUCUCCUUUUCCCUCCCUAUUUUUCUUUUUAUAUAGCUGUUAACUUGGUUGCUAUGACAAAGAUGGCGGCGUUGGGGGAAAAAGUAAUGCAAAAACAUGGUGGAAUAGGGGGGAAACAUCAAGCUUACGAUUACCAAUAAUGUUAUAUAUAAAUAUUGUCCAUAAUAACAAACUUAUAUUUAUACAGACAACAGGAGUAACAAAAUAAAUUUUUAUAUUUAAUAAAAAAUGUCAAAUCCUUGAAAUUAUAAUAAUAUUUAAAAUGGACUGUGGUCAUAACAAGACAACUAUGCUAAUAUCCAUUUAACAUCCAUUGAACAUUACUUUUCUUAUGCGCAUAUACUAUAUAUGAUGCACAUUUGGUUACAGAAUGUAAAUGAGCCAAGAAGAAUUGGUUGCAUUAGUAGUCAUAUAUAAUAUUAUUAACCAGUGAUGAAAAAAUUCAUACACAUGUGUAUUACGCAAACCCCUAAUUUAAAUAGCUUUUUUAUCUUUAAUUUCGUGCGUUAUAUAGAGGCACCUAUGGGCUGCGGCCCUGGUACAAAUUGAGCACAGAGAUGUGUAUACUUCAAGUACCACUAUCGUUAAGUAAUUUAAUGUAGGCUUAGACCCCAUAGCUCUAUUUCAUCCAUUGGUGGCAUUCAGCUGGUUUGCAUUGGCUCAGCAGUAUAAUUACCUAAUAUUUUGUUGAUUUUGGUAAACUCGUUUUUCAAUUCUAAUCACUAAUUGCACUUUUAAUCAGAGUCCACUAAAAGGUGGGUGCCUGGGCAGCCACCCAAUGUUGACCUCACAUAUUUAUUUUAACAUAAUUUGUCAUAAUCUACUUAUGUGUACAUCUUUUAUUAAAGACUUUCUCUCUACUUGCAUUUCCAUCUUGUAGAGGGUAAUCUUUUUUAACAAUUACAAAUUUACUACUAAAAAGUAGAAAAUAAAAAAAUAUUUUUAAAACUUAAAAAAAAAAGCAUUGCUAUCAAAGACUAGUUAAAAAGUGCUUAAAAACAGAAAAUAAUUUAAACUUUCUUAAAAACGCUUUAUGCUAAGAAAGUCUGUACAGAAAAUAUUUUCAAAAAUUAAUUAAAGUAAGACAUAUUUUGAAGUCUCGUCUACAUUCUAUUCUAAUCCUUUGGCUUCAUAGAGUGCUAAUCUAUUAGGGCCUGAUCCUUAUAGUUAUAAGCUUAUAGUCAUAGAAUACAUAGACUAACUUAUAAUAGGCAUAUGGCUAAUAAAUAAUUAUUCAUGCCAUACUCAUAGGCUAUAUGUGAAUUAAUGAAUGAUAUCUAAACUAUCUACCAAAAAUACCUUACUGCACUAACACGAGCAAAGAAAAUCUACAGAGAGUAUGUAAAUUCGUCAUCAUGGCCACAAGCCAAAAGGGGCAUGCCCAAAUGGCCACUGGAUCUGAAUGAUGAGGAUGAAAGAGUAAUAUCUAAUUGCUAAAAUUAUUAUGAGUAUGAGACUUCAGUUGACUCCUGAUGUUAAUUUCAGAAUGUGAUGGAAGGUCUAGUUAGACUUAAAAUUAUUUUAUUUCUCAUGGUUAUAAAUUUAUGAUCAGAAAGGUCACUCUUAUUGGUAGGGGCAGGAGAUGAUUGGAGAUUGUUUUCAAAUCAUUUUGAAAAUGAUAUUGUUACGCACUGGCUUCUAAUAUGAGAAAUUAAUCUCCUAUUUUAAUUUUAAUUGGCUCGUUGUAAGCAGUGCCUAACAAAGGACGAUACCAUAGAGUCAACAAUAUUAAAGAUACGACACCCAAAACAGUUUCUAGUUACAAUUAAUAAGAUUGAAUAAGUAUUAAAUGUCUUUACAAUAGAAAAGAAAUAUAAUUACAAAUCAUCAACUUACAGUAUGGUAGAUGUUGUACUGGUACACAGUUAACACAGUUAGAAUAAUGUGCCAAUGAAUAAUGAUGAAAUGCGCAAUAAACACAAAUAUAAGAACACUAAGAAUAAUACACGCCUCGUAAAGUUAAUAAUAUCUAUCUGAAUCUCCGUCUCUCCGUCCGUGCCUGUCAAUCCCUUAUAUAGGUCGUGUAAGCCCUGCCUUCCAGAAAGACUUAUGACGUGUUGUUUACAUAUCUCGGGUUAUCGAGCACAUUCGAGAAAAUACCAGGAAGACAGUCUAACAUGUUUAAUUGGUAAACACUGUUGUAAAUAGGAUACAUCAAAAGAAUAGGCCACGCCCACAACAGACCGCUAACGUCUACUAGGGAUCUAAUUUAGGUCAAGUAAAAUUCAAGCACACGGAAUGUAUGCUACAUAACAAUAUUCAUAUUUUCAAAUUAAUCAUCUUUAUUUUAUUUUUGUCCUAAUUUUGUUGUUGUUGAGAUUUUAUAAUACUGAAUAGCUUUAGCCUAAGGGCAUAGCUAUAAUUAAUUAAUUUUUCCUAACUAAAUUAACAUUCUCUGCUCACUUUUCUAACAAUAUUUAAGAUAUGACCUCUUUUUUUUUAUUUUUAUUAAAAAUUCCAAUUUUAGUAUUAAUUUACUAAACUAAUUAAUCAAAAUCUGGGGAACUCUCAUCCCAUUUACAAGACUUUUCCCUCGCAGGUUUUCACGUUAAAUUACUGAACAUUAUUAAUUUUAUACUGAACAUUGUUAAUUUUAUGUUGAUUUUAUAUCUAAAAGUAAACCAAUCUACUACAAUGGUUCAAACAAAAAAUUAGACAUCCACAAAUUUUAUUGUAAUAUGUUUUUGUUUAAUCAAAAUCUAUAUCAACCGUUUCAGAUUUCAAUUGAUGAUGAGCUAAAGACCCUUUUGGAUCAUCAAGGCAUCUUAGAAAGUAAAAUGUCAAGUUUGCAUAAAAUGAUGUAAGUAGCAAUCAACCAUUCUUUAAAUACAUUGCUUAUCAAGUUUACAGCAAAUUUUUGUUUUAUUUUUAUCAAGAAAUAUGUUUCUCUGAUAAAAUUUUCCUAAAUAUUAUUAGUGAUAAGCUAAUGCAAAGUCUAAGGUUCCAGUCUUCUACAACAGUUGUUUUUUUGUUUUUUUAAAUCAAAUAUUUUCUAAAGGCAUAAAUUAAAGUUCUUUUUCAAAUAAAAUAUUUACAUGGCAUGUUUGUUUUAUUUUUAUUUUGUUAAAAGUAUAUGAUAACAAAAUGGUUGUUUUCAAAAAGGCCCGGUCUACAAAUUCUGGAAGCAGAUUCCAAACAACUUUGUGGCAUGAUCUCAUUCACCUCGACCCUUGCAGAAAAUGUGAGCAGUAAAGUCAGGAAACUUGACCUUGCCAAGGUAACAAUUAACUUGACCUUGCCAAGGUAAAAUUUAACUUUACCUUGCCAUGGUAACAUUUAACUUGACCUUAUCAAGGUAACAUUUAAAUUGACCUUAUCAAGGUAACAUUUAACUUGACCUUAUCAAGGUAACAUUUAAUUUGACCAUAUCAAAAUAAAAUUUAACUUGACCUUAUCAAGGUAACAUUUAACUUGACCAUAUCAAAGUAACAUUUAACUUGACCUAAUGAAGGUAACAUUUAACUUGACCAUAUAAAAGUAACAUUUAACUUGACCUUAUCAAGGUAACAUUUAACUUGACUUGACUUUAUGAAGGUAACAUUUAACUUGACCUUAUCAAGGUAACAUUUAACUUGACUGUAUCAAGAUAACAUUUAACUUGAUGUCAUCAAGGUAAUAUUUUAUCAAAUUUUCUUAUUUUCAUCUGAAAUAAACUUUCCUCUAUUAUUAUUUUAAAAAUAUAUUGGUGCAAAAAAUGUGAUUAUCAUUUCUUUUCUCAAAAUUAAUCUUUCUUUCAGAGCCAUGUUGUUGAUUGCAUGCAGCGUGUUGAGGACAUUCUAGAUCUAAAGUUUUGCACAGACGGUGUCCAGACUGCAUUACAGAAUGAGGAUUAUGAAAAAGUUUGUCAACCAUAUUUUAGCCUGGAACGUUAUUACAAAUUCUCUUGAUCAGUCAUUUUAGACAAGUUUAAAUAACAUUUGCGAUCAAACUGUUAGGGGGGAUAGAAAUCACUUCAUAUAUAUUUGUAUUGUGUUCACUUUUUUGUAUUAUGUUCAUUGUGUAUAGUUAUUGUUUUUAAAAAAAUAUCAUUUUGGUUACAAACUUUUUUUUUUGGUGUUCCUAGGCUGCAGGUCAUAUUCACAGAUUUAGAAGCCUAGAUGAAACUGUCAUUAGGAUGAGUUCAGAAACAAAUGAAGGUAGUUGUAUGCAAAUAAAUUAUCAGUUUUGCUGUUCAAGUUUAAUAUUAGUCACCUUUGGAAUGAGUCCAAAUUAUUUUAUAUUGUUCUCCUCAUUACAUUUUGAUAAAGCUCAAAGUCUAAUAAUAAGCAUGAUUCAUGAAUGAAUUUAAGUGUAAAGUUAGAUGAAAUGAGACAUAAAUUAUUUUGGUGUUUGAUUUUUUCAAAUAAUCGCUCUCACAUGGUGUUCAAAAUAAUCAAAAUUUAUCUUCCAAAUAUUUUAAUUUUUACCUCACAAAAAAAACAACACCUUCUUUAAGCUGAGCUCUUGCAAUAUUAAAUUUCUUGAGUGUUGCGCUGUUACUGACAGUUUCUUGGUCAAAACAUCUGUUGUUGUUGGCAAGCUAAGUUGUGGACAUGUCAAGUUCUUAAUCAGGGGAUAUUAAUUGGUAAUCAAACUGAUGGCUGAAUAAAGAUGAAACAUGUUCCCACCAAAGCUGUAUAUCUAUUUAUGAUUCAGGUGGCAGAAAACUUUAUGGCUCACAUGUUUUAUUGAUUACUUUGAUCUUUUUGGUGCUUUCUUGGCGACAAUAAAGAUUUGUCAUUAUAAUCGAUUUCAAGAAAUAAAUUUUCUGUUUAACUGACCCUAACACCUUGCCCAUGAUGUAAAGCUAUAAACUUUGGAAACCGACUAAUUUUGAGAACAUGAGAAGUUCACUGAAUCUACCUUUAUUGCAUUUGCCCUUGAUUUCAGGUUUACUUAGUAACAAUUAUAAUUAUCUGAUUACUAGGUGGGACCUUGGAAAGCUCAUUCAAGAUGCUCUAUGAUGCCGAGGAAAAGCUCAAGUUGAUUGUACAUAAUAAGUUUGAUGCAGCAGUUCACCAGGGAGAUGUGGCUUCUGUUGAGAGAUUCUUCAAAAUUUUUCCUCUUUUGGGAAUGUUCAGUGAAGGCCUUACAAAAUUUGGAAAAUAUUUGGCAGCUCAGGUAAUCCUGAUGUUUAAAAUGGUCUUCAUUUUAUUGUAAGCACUUGUAUUGCUAUGAGCUAUGUAUUCACAUACACAUAUUUAAAAAUAUAUCCCAAAGUCUCUUUGAUUAAAAUACGUUUUACUUUGUUGUAGUGUAUUAAGGGGUGGAUUGAUCAAAAUAAAAUUUGACUGUCCGCUUGUACACUUGCAUUUAAUUUUUUUAAAGGAAUAAAUUAAUCUCUGUAAUUUUAAUAUAAACUUUUUAUCCCUUGGCCUAUGGAGUAGUUUAUCUUAUUUUCAGCUCUCAGAGAAAGCUGAUGGAAAUAUGAAAAUAGCACUUUAUCCAGACUCUACAGACAAGAGAGCUCAUGUUAUGUUUGCUGACAUGCUGACGCUCCUCUUUGAGAGUAUAGCACGUGCUGUGGAAAUACAUCAGCCACUGGUGGAAACAUAUUAUGGUGGGUGCUUCAAUGCUAGAUACAAAAGUUGUUUUUAAAAUUGAGAAUUGUUAGUGUAUAUUUUAUCGGAUUUCAUAUCAACCAUUUUCUUUAUCAUAAAUUAUUAUAAAUAUCCUUGAACUUCAUGAUUCUGCAGUUUAUAUUUUAUGACUUCAUUGUCCAGGUCCUGGUCGACUCUUUCCGUUGUUGAGUAUUUUGCAGAAAGAAUGUGACAGGCAAUCCAGGAAAAUUUUUGAAAACUUUAAAACACACCGUGACUAUUCUGGAAAAGUGAGAUGGACUAUUAGUUUAUCUUUUUGUUAUUUAUCUGGGUUAUUUUGUUUAUUUAGAAGUAACAGUUCUGUAGUAUGAAACAAUAUAUAUUUAUGUAUUUUUCUUCUCCCUUUUUAAUUUUAGCUUUAAUCCUAACUUAUCAGCUGAAAUAUCAUAUUGAUUUUAUUAUGUACAGGUGAGAAGAGUACAACAAAAUCUGUCAACAGUAAAGACAUCAAUGGACAAGUAGGUUUCUUAAAGCUUAUAACAAACUAUUACAAAGUUCUCACUAUUGUAUACAAGAGCAAGCCUUUAUUAACUAGUGAUUCACUUUAUCUUGCUGUUUAAUUCCCAAAACUAUUGUGAAAUUAAUUGCUUAAAUGGCUAAGACUUAUAAACAAGUUAUUUUAUUGUGAUAUCAUAAUAUGCUUUAUCUGGGCCAUCUGGCAAAAGCUAUUGAGGAGAGGUGGAUCAAAUACUUACAUGACUAAGACUUAUAACAAGUUAUUUUAUUGUGCUAUCAUAAUAUGCUUUAUCUGGGCCAUCUGGCAAAAGCUAUUGAGGAGAGGUGGAUCAAAUAGUUAAAUGACUAAGCCUUAUAAACAAGUUAUUUUAUUGUGCUAUCAUAAUAUGCUUUAUCUGGGCCAUCUGGCAAAAGCUAAUGUGGAUAAGAAUGAUUAAGUAUAGAUUUUACAAUUGUAAAAUAUUAAAAAUUCUAGUAGGAAUUAAAAAUUAACGUUUUAUUAUUCAAUUUAAUAAUAUACAGGUCCAACUAUUCAAAAUUUCAGAUUAGAUCCUAAAGAAUUGGAUGUGCUGCUGUCAGAAAUGGUUUUACUCAGCUCUAGAUCAGAACUCUACCUGAGGUUUAUGAGACGGAGAGCAAUCGUUAGUUAUUUUUCUUGCUAGAUCAUUUUAGAUCAGCAGUUGUAAACUGUUGUGUCAAAAGAUUUUAAUAGGAAUCAAUUAAAACAUAAGUUACCUGUGGGCGCUUUACCUAUAAAUUAGUUAGACAUGUAAUAUAAUUUUGAGUCCUGCUCUUAUUUGUUUAUAUAUUCAUACAGUUACAAUUUAGACUUGACAGUUCCUUUCAAAUAGGCGGUUAAUUUACAUAAAAAUGAUAAUAAUAGUAUUUAACAACCAAAUAAAAGCAAUAUAUUCAUGCAUUUGUCAAUUCAACAAUUUAUAAAUGAAUGUAUGAAUUUUUUUUAAAAAAUGUAAAUGGUGUUACAGAAUUUUAUUAAUAUUAAUGACAUAUUUGAGUGAUUAUUUAGUGAUUUAAAAAAUAGUCAAAUCAAAAUUUCAUAUGUAUUGGGGAAAAGUGGGGAUGGCAGUUAACGGAGAAAUCAGCUAAAGCAUGUGGCUCAUUUUGAUUUUCAAGCAAUUUUUACACUCAUGAAAUUUUCAGUGUUUAAGACAUUAUCUAACAAUCAGCGCUUUUUGUGCAUAAAAUGUAAAAUUUAAUAUUCAAUUUAAAUAUUAUUAUUAAAAUGAUAUGAUUGUUUCAGGGAGAUGUUGAAGCCGCCCAUGUAGACAUCAGUAAACAAACAGGUAGUUUUCAGUGUUGUUAUGUCACCUUAUUUUUUUUGUCCUGUGUGUCCAAAAUAUUUUAAGUGAAUUAGUUUCUAAUUUUGUUGUUGUCGAAAUUUUAGGAUAUUGAAUAGCUUUAGCCUUAGGGCACAGUUUUAAUAAAUUAAUAUUUUCCUAACUUAAUUAAAUUCUCUGCUCACUUUGCUAACAAUGUUUAAAAUGCAAUCCCCUUUAUUUCUGCAGUUAUAACUUCCAAUUUAGUAUUAAAUUACUAAACUAAUUAAUCAAAUUCUUGACAUAAGUAUUUUUGUUAACUUUGUUUUGAGCUAAUAUAGCAUACAAAUUCUAGAUAUUUUAAACAAUAAUGACUUAAACAAUUAAACUGACUGCUUCAAUAUGUAUUUUGACAACAGAGGACUUGAAGGAAGUGGACAGGUUUUUUAGCUCUUGUGAACUAAGUAGAAUGGUUCAAGAAGUUAUUGGCAACUACAUCAUGAUGGAAGAAUACUUUAUGAGAGAAAUGAUUAUCAAGGUGGGUCAAAGAAAAACUACAAGGCAUUAAUAUGAAAACUGGUCUCUGCAGAUUACCAUCAUGAAAGAAUGAUGGAUGAAAAUUGGAUUUUAGUUGAUACCAUUAUAAUUCUGUUUAUGGUAAUAUUUUAUGACUGUAUGGAUUAUAAAUGAUUCACAGGCAGUGAGUAUGGAUAGUUCAGAGGAAGGACAGCAGACGUCGAGCAUGGUUGACGACACGUUCUUUAUUGUCAAGAAAUCUGUCAGGUUGUACUAUAGAUUUUUAGCACUAAUCAUGGCAGGAUUAUUUUUAUUGUGUGUGUGUGAGGGGGGGGGGAGUGUAGUAGGUUUGCAGGAGGGCCCUAGUACUAUUAUUAAUCGUGGAAUGAUCUCAGUGGACCAUGGGAUGAUCCAAUAACUUUAUUAUUUCAUUGUGGAAAAGUGCCAGAGGACACAUGCCACUGAGGCGUCUCUCUCAAUCUGCCCCUGUCCCGAGAAAUCUUUGUAAAUAUAUCUAAUCAAAUGAAAAAUAUUUUCUAAUGAAAAUUUUAAAAAUAAAUAAAUUAGCCACAAAAUGUAAACAGUGUUUUGUCCACUUCUUGCUUUUAAUUGCAUAUUUUUCAUAUGCAGGAGGGCAAUUUCCAGCUCCAGUGUUGAUGGUGUCUGUGCAAUGCUGAACCAUGCCUGUACAAUCUUAGAACAAGACUUUGGUUCAGUUCUCUUAACUCGACUGCGAGCUGGAUACCCAUAUGGUUUUGACUUGCAGCAUGCUUAUAACAUUGUACAGUCAAGUCUUCAACAUGGGAAACUGCAAAGUUCAGACUCGGAGAAGAAGCUAGCCAGGGCUCAGUUUUUGGUGAGACUUAUCUUUCACUCAUUGCACUCUGUAGCAUAGCCAAUGGGGAAGUAGAGGUGGGGCCCACUGCCCCAAGACCAUUUGACUAAAGUAGUGCCCCAUUUCCCCUAUUUUCUUAUUUCCCCCACCCCUUUGAUUAAAGUGAUGGCAUCCCUUUUGGCACCCAUACUGGUCUGCAUGCCAAGGAUACCCCCGUGCCUUUGGGUGUGUGUGGGCCUAUUUAGAAUUUUUGCUCCCACUUGCAUCAAAACCUGGCUAUGCUGCUGAUGGCACUUAAAUUCCCUCAAUACUUAUUGGAGUCACUCUUGUUUGACAUUGCUAGGUUCAUAAAAGACAUGUUCACUUUAAUAACAUAGAAGAACAAAACAAGCAUGAAAAAAGGUUCCAUUGAGUGAUAAGCAGAAUGUCAAUGUGAUUACUUGAUACUUUCAUUUGAUCAAAUCCUGUCCAGAGUUAGCACUUGUUUCAUGUAUUGGUUUUAAGAUGUCCAUCAUAUAAUUUUUUACCAUUUCAACAGACUGCACUCAACAAUGCGGAAGUCAGUUGUGAUUACUGUAAAGCCUUGAAAAAUAACCUUGAGGUAAAUAAAACUUUUAAAUAUGUUUUGAUUCUUUAGGUUAACAAAUCAAAGUAGGAAUCACAAUAUUUAUCCAAUUUAAAAAGAUAAUCUGUCUUUGAAACAGUCUGGGAACAUGAAAAAUGACUUUUUUGUUCAAGGCAAGGGCUCUUAACCAAAGCUGCGGGAGGCAUUGUCAGGGGUGCAGGACGACCUGUUUUAUUUCUUUGCAUUGGUUUUUGGUCAUUUGGGUCGGGGUGCAUUUUUUUUGGUCAUUUGGGUAGGGGUGCAUUUGUUUCUGGUCAUUUGGGUAGGGGUGCAUUUGUUUUUGGUCAUUUGGGUAGGGGUGCAGGAAAUAUGUUUUGAAAUCGAGAUGAAGGUUUGGGGAAAUGUCUUGAAAUCAAAGAGUGGGUGCAGGGCUAAAAAAAAGUUUAAGAACCCCUGGAUUAAGGUGUCUGUAAUAUUUCCUUAGCUUGUGCGGGGGCGGGGGGGUGUGGGGGGGAGGGGAAUUCCAAGAUUCACUUUUAAAUCUCUUUGCAAAAAAAGGCAUUUUAUUUUUUACAUUGACGUUUGCUAUGAGUUCUUGUAAUACAUCUCACUUGAACAUCUCAGGAGGAUAUUUCCAAGCUUUAUCCACAAUGUACAGAACAGAGUAAAGCAAAGCUUGAGGUCAGUCAGUCAGUUACUAUUUCAAUGGUAUUAAAUUCUGAUGAAAUAGGAAUUACGUUCUUUACCAGUGUCAUGCAAAGUUAGAAUUAGACUGGUCAUAUAUAUAUAUUUGCAAAAAUAGUUUGUCAUUUUCAUGUAGAGUAUAUACUGUUAUGACCGCAUUCCUUAAACUGAAAUAAAUCUGAAGGUGCGCUUGCCAACUGUAAACUAUAUGGGAAUUAAGAAACUGUUAAUUAGAUGAGAAAUUUGUUGACAAUGUAAGGAUGCAGGUUGAUUACAGCCAUAAUUUAAGUCAAACUGAUGAAGUUUUUAAUCCACUACAUGGUUAUUGUAUAAUGUUUAUACACAACGUAGUUACUGACUCUUCAUGAAUUCUUUGAAUAAUAUACAAAUAAUAACUUAAACUUCUAGAUUAUAAUAUCUUGGUUGAUUCAGUCUGUGUAUGUUUGUGCCACACUCGUUGACAGUAAUCUCAAGGGAAAGAUUGAAUUCAGUAUAGAGAGCACACUUAUAUUUCCUGUGUGUGUUUAAGAGUGUGUGUAGCACUCCUUGAUAGUAGUCUCAAGGCAAAGAUUGAAUAAUUCAGUAUAGAGAGCAAUCAAGGUUUCCUGUGUGUGUUUAAGAGUGUGUGUAGCACUCCUUGAGAGUAGUCUCAAGGGAAAGAUUGAAUAAUUCAGUAUAGAGAGUACAUCAGGAUUUCCUGUGUAAGAAAACAGGGAUUCUUCAGCCCUAGCUUGUAUCUCAUUUGGAAUCCAAAAUGGCUGCCUAAUUUGCAAUGACAUCAUGUGAUGUAUGUUAGACUAUAAGUCAAAAAUGUCCAUCAAUUUGUAUGUUUAGAAAAAUUUGCCUCUCUUCUGGUGAAACUGAUACCUAUUUUAGCCACAACUGUAUCUGAAGUUCUUAUAAUUGUCCGUGUUAGUUGGUGUAAGCACAUUCCACAUAUAGCCUAACUAAAAGUGUAUGAUAUCGCAGAGCUGUCUGAGUGAGGUGAUGAGUGUGUCCAAUAAGUUUAAAGAUAUUGUUGACUUUGGCUUCAGUCAACUGGCCACAAGUGCUGUGAAACCAAGGAUCAAACCUUUGGUGGACUCAUUCUUGUCUACCAGUCAUAACAUUACAGAGGUAAGAAGUUUGACUUCCACAACCUUGUUAACAUUUAACUUUUAAAAAUAAGCAUAGAACUAAACGUCAUUAAAAGGGAAUAUUUAUUAUAGCCUAUAACAUUAUUUCAACAUGUAAAUUAAUUUAUUUGAAUUUAGCGUCUGACUUGCAUAUCUACCGACAUUUGUAUUCACUGAUGUAAUCACAAUUGUAAAUAAACUACAAGAACAAAAAUUAUAUUUUUACUGUUUCUUUAAAAUAUAUUUUUAACACAGGAAGAGUUUUCCAAUUAUGAAGCUAAUGAUCCAUGGGUGCAAGGUUUCAUAUUGAGUUUGGACACGACACUGUCGACUUUCAAAGUAAGGCCUCAAACAAUUUGUUGCUGUUUUGUGUAUGUGGGUCUUAGUCCAUUAUUUAUUGACACCUUUUCAAACCCAGUAGGACACUUUUAGUAGGACACUUUUAGUAGGACACCAUGUAUUAUAAACAAACAGUUGAAAAGAAAUUAUUUUUAAAUUGUCACAUAUUAAACAUUUUCUCCUUAGCCUACUAUUGAUGUCACCAUCUCAUCUGCCUAACCUACUACUGAUGUACCAUAGCGAUCUCAUCUGUCUAACCUACUAACUAUUGAUGUAGCAAUCUCAUCCGCCCAAGCAAAGAAUCAUAACUCAAUUUGACAUUAAUUUUGAAGAUAAAAAUUAGAAGAUUUCAUUGCUUUAUUUUUGAUAAUUAUAAUUAUGAAAAUAAAUUAAAUUAUCAUGGUAAAACUCAAGUUAUUAAUAUACAAUCAAAUUUAAAUAUUAUCUCAAGUUGAGCAUCAGUACUUUCAUCAGUUUAGGCACCAUCAGCAUUGACCGCUGAGUUUUCCCUCAAUAUCUUCCACGUUUCAGCAACACUCUUCCAAUACAUUCUAUAUCAGUUUGUUCAACAGUUUUAUCAUCUAAGCCUGCUAACAAUGAUCACAAGAUCUUGGAAAGUCAUGCUAAAUAUAACUUAGUUACAAAAGCUAAUAUAAACAUUCAGAUUUCUCCACUAAGAAGAGCAACAUUCUUACAAGAAUGGCAGUAAACUCUGCCACCAUGAGUGUGUUUUGUACUGGUCGUUUGUUUGCUUUUGGCCCGGAACAAGAAUAAUAAAGUCAAAUAUGCUAGUGGUUUGUAAGACAGAAGAUGCUAGAGCAGUGUUUCCCAACAUGGGGUCCAGGGCCCAUAGGGGAGCAAUUUGAUUGUUUGGGGGGGGGGGGGGGGUGGGGGGCAAUUUGAAAAUGAGCUGUGUAGAAUUUGAAAACCAACUGUCUUGAGGCGCAUUUGUUGGCCAAACAUAGUUUCAAACAUUAAAGAAAAAAUUUUGGAAAAAGAACAACCUUCAAGUCUCUGUUUACAGCUCAUUCUGCAACUCUCAAUCGUACUCUUAAGGCUACCUAUGAAAUUUCUUUACUCAUAGCUAAAUCUGGGAAAAAUCAUAAUAUAGGAGAGAAUUUAAUCAAACCAUGAAUAUCAGCAUUUCUUAAAACUGUUCUGGAAAAAGAGGACAAAGACGUGAAAGCUACGGCACUCGGUAACAAUACUGUUAGCCACAAAAAAAAAAAAAUGAAAUGAGAGAAGAAAUACUGCUUGUUAAAAAGCUGAAAACAAAAAAUUCUCAGUGCAAAUGGAUGAAUCAAAUUUGAGAGACAGUGAGGCCGUACUGAUAACUUAAGAUAAAGGAGAUUUGGCUAAAGGAAUAUUGUUUUGUAAAUCAUUAGAAGGCCCCACUACCGCCAAAGACAGAUUAUAUAAGCUAAAAAGUUACUUAGAUGUCGAUAAUAUACCAAAUUAAAAAAUAAAAUAGAUUAUCUUGUGCUGCCGAUGGUGCUCCUAAUAUGAUAGGCAAAAAAUGGCUGGUUUAAAAUGAUAAAGUAAUGAAUAAUAAAAUUAAAUGAUAAAUAAUUAAAAUAUUCGACAAAAUCUUUCAUUUUGCACUUGAAUUACAGUUCUCCAUUAUAUGUUUAAAAACUUUAUUGUGUUUCCUUAAAAAUUGCUUCGUAAAUCCUAUUCAUUUAUAAUCCUUUUUCCUUCUUCCUAAAACCUGUUAUUUAGUUUUCAUUUAGUGAGAUUCAAUUCAAAAUUUAAAUAUAAAAAUUAUGUGUGUGUGUCUAUAUAUUUAUAUAUAAAAUACGGGCGGCUUAGGAAUUUUAAAAUGGCUUUUGUGGGGCAUGGCACAAAAAAGGUUGGGAAACACUGUGCUUGAGGUUGGUAAGGCAGAAGAUGUUACUGAUUGGUAAGGCAGAAGAAAUCAUGAAAAUGUGUGGUUGUGUCACUGCACUUUAUGCUCAAUUUUUGUUAAUUGUUUUUUUUAAAUUCCAGGAAGCUAUGACUUCUGCCAAUUAUGAUAGGUUUGCAACAGCCAUGUCAGGGGAAAUUACUCAACAGCUGGAGAAAGCUGUCACAAAAACAACAUUCAAUAGAGUAAGAUUGCUGAUUGUUAAGUGAUUUUUUUCACAAUUUAAACAUGCCAUUACUAAUUAAGUGUUAUCAGUAAAAAUUCACUUAGAAAAAUGUUGAAUGGCAAGAAUGAACCAGUGAGUUAAAAGGUUGAAAUUGCUUUCCUCAGUUGGGUGGUCUUCAGUUUGACAAGGAGCUCAGAUCUUUGGUUGGCUACUUAUCAUCAGUGACAACUUGGACAGUUCGAGAUAAGUUUGCAAGACUCACACAGAUGGCAACUAUUUUAAAUUUAGAGAGGGUAAUAUUUCUUUAAUAUUUUCCUCACGUUAUUUCUCACAGUAAGCAUUGUUUUAAAUGGUUCAAUAAACCAACAAAGAGUGUGCAACGACAAAUAAAACUGUCAAACACAUUUGCACUCAUUAGCAAGACUUGGUGUCAAUAUAUGGUGAAGUUAGAUCAUUAAGUUCAUUACUCCAUCAAUUUGAACUUUGCUGUUAUUUUCUAGGUUUCUGAGAUAAUGGAUUAUUGGGGUCAAAAUUCAGGACCUCUAACCUGGCGAUUAACUCCAACAGAGGUCAGACAAAUCCUAGCACUAAGGUGAGUUUGCCUACUUUUAAUAUAGAUAUCAUCCAGUGUAAUUUGUAUUUUGAUCUAAAAGUUAAUAUUUUAUUCAAACUGUUCUUGACUAAGACGUUUUUUUUUUUUUUUUAGGAUUGAUUUCCGAAGUGUUGACAUUAUAAGGUUGAAAUUAUGAUUAUAUAGAUAUCAUCCAGUGUAAUUUGUAUUUUGAUCUAAAAGUUAAUAUUUUAUUCAAACUGUUCUUGACUAAGACGUUUUUUUUUUUUUUUCAGGAUUGAUUUCCGAAGUGAUGACAUUAAAAGGUUGAAAUUAUGAUGUGACUGAAUUUUUGUGUGUGGUUAUUUUUGCAACUUGGAUACAUCUGUGUGCCGUUUUUAAAAUGUAUUUUUUUCAAAUAAAUGGACAAGGCUAUGUUGACAUUGUAAAAUUUUGCAUUCCUUGUUGGAAAAUCUAUAUCAACAUUUGAGGUAUAACAAGUGGGGCAUGACUAUGUCAACUUUAAUUUCUACCAUUGUUAGUAUGAGACCCAUGUCAUCAAUCUGUAUAAAUAAUGUAUGAAAUAAAACGCCUGUAUUGUUAUAAUGAAAUAAUAUUCCAUGGAAGAAGCUCCAGAUACAAUGUUUUUUGUCAAUCCUCUCUAUUUAAUUUGAGAGAAAUUAUUUGGCUUUGUAAUUUUAGGGGGUUGUCCUUGUGCUGAGACAGGGAUUUUUUUCCUUUUUUUUUUUUAGCUUUGGAUAUUAUCAAUUGUUUCGUUGAAGCCUUUCACAUGUAGAUAGAGUCUAAUCAAUUGUUGUUUUUUCUAAUUGUAAAUAAAUUUUUGUUGGUCAUUUACAAAUAAAAAUAUUUAUUAACAUUACAUGGUGUAAUUAUUACAAGGGGGAAAUUAAAUUGAAUUUUCAAACUG